CGCUCUAUCCCGUGUUGUUCUUGGUUUCUAUGGCUGUGGGCAGGUGACGUCAUCCGGAGUCAGGCUGCAUAGUCACUGCCGGGUGUUGUGCGCAAUCAGCGACGGUCCUGCGAAGAACCCGCCGAGAGCGGCCUACAUGAUUGCUACUGCGGUUCUUGCUUUCACAUUCGCCUGCACUAGUCAGUGAUGGAAUCGGAGGCCAAGGACGGCGACGAGGAGAACCUUCAAAGCGCUUUUAAGAAACUGCGCGUGGAUGCAGAAGGGGGCACGGCAUCUCUUUCUGCUGCCGCCGAUGGCUGCACUACACGGGCAUCUGGAAGGCCUUCAUUGGAAGACACCAAGCCAAAAGUGUUCGGCUGCUUAAAGGAUAGCUGGCAUGGAUCAACCAGAAAAACUACACGAGGAGCCACCAGAACACCUCGCAGGCGACGCUCCAAAUCUCCGGUCCUCCACCCGCCAAAGUUUACACACUGCAGCGCAAAGACGUCUUGCAACACUCAGCUAAAGCACAAGACUCUCUGCGACGCUUCAGACGGAGGACCCGCCAUCAGUCGUUCUGCCACCAGCGAUCCACCAAGCACUACUCUCAAAGGCAAUGGCUACAGGAGAUUUGGCCUUGAGCCUUCUGGGUUAUCUUCAUCAGAGACUUCCACCCAGAUACCAGUUUCCCUGGAUCCCGGGACAAGCUCCAAGGCCGGCUUCCCUUCAGAUUUCCAGUCUGUGUCGAAGCUCAGCGCCGCCACAAAAUGUACUUGCAACGGUAAAGAUUGCCAGUGUGACAACUGGCAAAACAUGGAAGUCUAUUCCUUCUCGGGCUUGCGAGACAUGCUCACGGAGUGCGAGAAGACCGUGAAGGAGGAGUUCUCUGCAGCCAUUGGGAGAUUUUCUCGCGCUCUCUGUAGAAUUUGA